AUGUCACCACCUUCAGCGACUGCAACGCAUGUGCCUACCUCCAACGGAACAUCCCCAGAGAAAGGCGAGAGACACAUAAAUGGCCACGUAGAAAGCAAUGGAGCACAGCCUGUCAACGGCACUGCCAUGAACGGGGCUCAUACGAACGGAAAUGUGACGAAUGGGAGCUCAUCACCCAAUGUCGGAGCGACCAUACCCAUCGCGGUCGUCGGCAUGGCGAACCGACUGCCAGGUGGGCUCAAUACUCCGCAGCAAUUCUGGGUAAGCGUCACCCUGUCCGGCAUAUCAAAGACAAUGAUGCUAAUAUUAAGAAGGAAUUUUUGAUCUCGAAAGGAGACGCUCGCUGCCGCGUUCCAGCUAGUCGAUACAAUAUUGACGCCUACUACUCCAAGAGCGGCAAGCCUGGUACGGUCAACACACAAUAUGGAUAUUUCCUCGACGAAAGUGUGGACAUUGGCGCCUUCGAUGCCUCCCUUUUCUCAUUACGAAAGGGAGAGAUUGACCGUGCCGAUCCUCACCAGCGGCAUAUGCUGGAGGUCGUCCGUGAGGCCCUCGAAGAUGCUGGAGAAACCAAAUGGCGUGGCAGAAACAUCGGCUGCUACAUAGGAACCUUUGGCGAGGAUUGGUUUGAGAUGUUCGCAAAGGAAAGUCAGCAGUAUGGAACCUAUCGCGCCACUGGGCACGGCGACUUCAUGGUUCCUAACCGAAUCAGCCAUGAUCUGGAUAUUCAUGGUCCCAGUAUGAUCAUCAAAACAGCCUGUUCGUCCGCUCUCGUCGGUCUUCACGAAGCCUGCCAGGCCAUCGGGCGUGGAGACUGCGAGAGUGCUAUAGUCGGCGGCGCAAACUUAAUCAUGGCUCCGUACAUGACAACCACAAUGGCAGAGCAGGGCGUCUUAUCACCAGACGGAAACUGCUACACGUUCUCGGCUGAAGCCAACGGCUAUGCUCGAGGAGAAGCGAUUAACGCAGUCUAUCUAAAGCCGCUGGAUGCUGCACUUCGUGACGGCAAUCCCGUCCGGGCGGUCAUUCGUGGCACUUCGUCCAACUCGGACGGCUGCAGCCCUGGCGGUGUAUCGGCUCCUAACUCAGAAGCCCAGGCUGCUAUGAUCAGACGGGCGUACGAGGUUGCCGGAAUCAAAGAUUACUCCCACACGGCAUUCGUAGAGUGCCAUGGAACAGGCACAGCCAUCGGAGAUCCUCGCGAAACGGAUGCCGUCGCAAGCAUUUGGGGACCUGCCGGAGGUGUCCACAUCGGAUCGGUGAAGCCAAAUAUGGGUCAUUCCGAAGGUGCCUCAGGAUUAACCUCGCUGAUCAAGGCUGUCAUGGCGCUCGAAAACAAGACUUUGCCGCCAAACAUCAAGUUCAAGACGCCAAACCCAGACAUCAAGUUCGAUGUCUUGACGGUUCCAACCGAGCCCACAGCGUGGCCAGCUUCUCGAGCUGAGCGUGUCAGCGUGAACUCCUUCGGUAUUGGAGGCUCCAAUGCUCACGUCAUUCUCGACUCUGCCAGCAGCUUUGGAAUAAAGCAACGUUCCUCCACGCGGAAGGAGUCGCCUCAACUACUUUUAUUUUCCGGUGCAUCUCCAGACUCCGUCAAACAACUGGCAGCGAAUUAUAACGAGUAUCUCGAUCGCAGUCCGGAGAAGGUCGCGGACCUCGCGUACACCCUCGCCAACCACAGAGAGCACUGGAAUCAGCGAUGCUUCGCCGUGGCAAAGAAGUUCGAUGCUUUGUCGCCUGCGGCAGUCGUCAAAAGCCCGUCCGUGGUACCACAGCUUGUCAUGGUCUUCACUGGCCAAGGAGCCCAGUGGCCACUCAUGGGCCGUGAGCUGAUGCAGGACCCAGGAUACUCGGUAUUCAAGGACUCAAUAAAACUUCUGGAUAAACACCUCCAGACAACCUCGUUUAGACCAGACUGGUCGAUCGAGGAAGAGUUACUCCACCCUCCCCAGACUAGUCGACUCAACACCGCAGAGCUGUCUCAGCCACUGUGCACUGCUAUCCAGGUGGCAUUAGUCGAUCUCUUGGCUACAUUUAACAUCAAACCAGCUGCCGUGGUGGGCCACUCCAGUGGUGAGCUUGCUGCAGCAUACGCUGCCGGCGCAAUCACUGCGAGGGAAGCUAUCAUCGCGGCGUAUCACCGUGGUGCAGUGUCGAAGUUGCAAUCAAAAGCCGGAGCCAUGGCCGCAAUCGGAAUGGGCCGGGAAGAGAUCAAGAAAUAUCUCACUGUCCCUGGUGUGGUAAUUGCCUGCGAGAACUCACCCAAAAGCGUCACUAUUUCAGGUGAUGCAAGCGCAGUCAAAGAAGUUGUUGCAAACAUCAAGAAGGCCGACGAUGAUGUUCUCGCCCGGCUGUUGAAGGUUGACAAAGCGUACCACAGUCAUCACAUGGUUGAGAUUGGCGAGGCAUACUAUGGCCUUAUUGAAAAAGAAGUCCACAGCAAACAGCCUACGAUUCCCUUCUUCUCGAGUGUGACGGGCGAGCUGGUGGAUUCAGCGGAAUCUCUCGGAGCACGAUACUGGCAGAAGAACCUGGAGUCUCCAGUGCUCUUCGAGACUGCGGUUACCAAUCUUCUACAGCACGAAGCCACUGGAAAGGAUCCGAUGCUGCUUGAGGUCGGCCCUCAUGCAGCUCUGUCCGGUCCUUUGAGACAGAUCCAAACCCUGGUAUCCAAGCCAUCACCUUACACAUCGGUGCUGAUGAGGAACGAAGACUGUGUGGAAACAUUCCUCACCGCAAUCGGAAGGCUUUAUUGCUCAAAGAUUGACAUCAACUUCAAAGCGCUGAUGAGUGAAGGCACCACCCUUUCCGAUCUUCCUAGGUAUCCCUGGAACCACAGCGAGUCGUACUGGGAAGAGUCUCGACUCAGUAGGGAGUGGCGUCUUCGCCAAUUUCCCCAUCAUGACUUGCUCGGUGUUCGACUUCCAGAGAGCACUGAACUCAAUCCCACCUGGCGAAACGUCUUCCACCUUGAUCACGCCGAGUGGAUACGGGACCACAAGGUCAUGGACGAUGUUGUCUUUCCAAUGGCCGGGUACAUUGGCAUGGUCGGGGAGGCCGUUCGCCAGAUCUCUGGCUUGGACGAGUCUUACAAUCUCCGCCAUGUCACUGUAAGCACCGCACUGGUCUUGAAUGACGCCAAGCCUACUGAGAUCAUCACCUCAUUCCGGAAGCACCGUCUCACAGACAUGUUAGACAGUCAGUGGUGGGAAUUCACAAUCGCGUCACACAACGGCCAGAUGUGGAUGAAGCAUUGUGCUGGAGAAGUCAGGGCCGGCACCACGCCUGCAGAGUCGGGUGAAGCGCGAUCUCUCCCGCCUCGAAAAGUCACCCAGCAGAGAUGCUACGACACUUUCCGCAGAGCAGGCUUGAGAUUUGGGCCCGCCUUCAGAACCCUUCAAGAUGUCAGAUCGGAGACAACGACGGAGGGAGCGACAGCACGCGCCGUGAGCGACCUGCCCGAUGCCAUUAACUAUCACAUGCAUCCCACUCUUAUUGACGCUGGUCUUCAGUUGCUUGCAAUCGCGGCUAGCCGUGGAUUCUCUGGUUCUGGCAACAUCCGCAUGCUGGUGCCAACCUUGGCCGAGGAAAUCACGAUUUUCCGGACGGCUGGAAACAUCGAUGUCACAUCUUCCGCGACUUUCAAUAGCACGGGCACAUGCCGCGGCCAGAGUGUAGCCACCGCGGAUGGCAUCACCGUCAUGAAGAUCAAUGGUCUUCGCCUCACUCCUGUUGAUGAUGGAGUCGGUCAUGAAAACCGAAACUUGACAGCUCGCGUUGAGUGGGGACCUCACAUCGAUUUUCAGGAGGUAGCCUCGCUCUUCGUUCCAAACCACAAUCGACCCAACGAGGUUCCCUCGCUAGACAAGCUGUCUCGCUUGUGCAUGACCAUCUCGCUGCGCAAGAUUCAGGGGCUGGAAACCCAGCAACCGCAUAUGCAGAAGUACGUGAGCUGGAUCAAAGGCCAACUGGCAGCCAGUGACUUGGUCACUCGCGACAUCUUCAGGCCCAUCGAGAAAAAGCAAGAAGAGAUAGUCCUUUCUCGGCUCAGUGAUGACGAGAUCAUGUUCCACAUUGCGACUAUCAUGUCCGAACUGCACGAUUCUCCCGCAUUGCCUUUUGCAGAAGCAAUUAAAACUGUCUGCGAUAGCUUCGCUCCCAUCUACACAGGGGAGAAAGAGGCACUGGAAGUCUUAAUGGCCGACGAACUUUUGACGAGGGUCUAUCGAUACGUUGAUGAGGUAGAUCGAUCUGCAUUCUUCAAGCGUAUGGCCUUCACCAACCCGCACCUGCGGGUGUUGGAGAUUGGCGCUGGUACCGGUGGAACCACAUCCGCAAUCUUCGAAUAUCUGUCGGCAGCCGAUGGUCGCUACAUGUUCUCCGAGUAUUGCUACACCGAUAUAUCGGCUGGCAUGUUCGUGGAACCCAAAGAACGCUUCAAGUCGAUUCCAAAUAUCGAGUAUACGGUGCUGGAUAUCUACAAAGACAUCUCAGAGCAAGGCUUUGAAAAUCGCCAGUUCGAUCUCAUCGUUGCAAGUAACGUUCUCCAUGCCACGAGGAGUUUGCAGCGUUCUCUGCAAAAUGUUCGCAAGCUUCUCGCUCCCGAGGGAAGGUUCUUCUUGACCGAGCUUGCCGCGCAAACAAAGUCUCUGAACUACAUCUGGGGCACCCUACCAGGCUGGUGGGCCGGUGACGAAGAUGGACGUGUCGAUGAGCCGUAUGUGGAUGCAGAGAGGUGGCGCAAAGAAUUCAACGAUGCAGGAUUUGACGGACUCGAAGCAGUCGCAAUGGACGGCGAGGCACCUUACCAGCUCAAUGCCAUGAUGGUCGGAAAGCCGAAAGCGGACAGCAAGCCAUUGAAGAAGCUCACGCUUCUAUGUCAAGACGUUUCAGGACCGAAUGUGGCAUACAACGAGCUUAUCGAGGAGGGCUACAGCGUCGAUAUGAGGACGAUCUAUGACCUUCCUCUGCCUGCGAAUCAAGACGUGAUUGCGACGCUCGAUCUGCAAGAGCCUUUCUUUACCGGCCUGAAGGAAGAGCGACUUCUAGCAUUCAAGAAGUUCAUCAACAGCCUGGAAGGAGCAGGGAUAAUGUGGCUCACCAAGCAAUGUCAGAUGGGUUGCACCGAUCCGAGGUACGCCCAGUCCAUCGGUGUUGCUCGCACUAUGCGAUCUGAGGCUCUCCUUGACGUUGCGGUAUGCGAGGUGGACGACGAUGCCUCGUCAAUCCGUCGAAUUGUUGAUGUCUUCAGCAAAUUUCAAUUGCGCAAAGAGACGGAGAUCUCCAAGCCAGACAUGGAGUAUGCCAUCUCCAAGGGAAUUGUCAACGUAUCGAGGAUAUUUCCGUUCAGGCUGCAGGACGCCUUGGCGGCGGCGGAGGGCGAAGAUGACAUCUCUGUUUUCACGACGCGGAAGCCUGGCCGUCUAGAUGACCUCCGCUGGUACAAGGAGCCUCGACCAGUCCUAAAGGGAGACGCGAUAGAAGUCGUCCCACACGCCAGUGGCCUUAACUUCAAGGUAAUCCACCCAGUCCAUGUUGUCACGGUACACACUGCUAAUGCUUGAACAGGAUAUCCUCGUCGCCAUGGGCAUUGUCGAUGCUUCCAAAGAAGGCUUUGGAUUGGAAGCAGCUGGUACGGUAUCUCGCGUUGGGCCAGAUGCUAAAGACAUCAAGGCCGGAGACCGGGUCAUGUUUAUGGGCUACAGUGCGUUUGCAUCUCACAGCUACAUCCCGGAAAGUCUUUGCGCCAAGAUGCCGGACAGUCUUAGCUUCGAAGACGGUGCCACCAUGCCUUGCGUAUACAGUACCUCGAUCUGGUCGUUGUUCCAUAUUGGCGGUCUGAGGAAGGGUCAGGUGAGUUCCCAACAGGCACGAUUUCUGCAAUUGGCAAUUCUGACAGAUCAAAGACUGUUCUCAUCCACUCCGCGACCGGUGGCGUCGGGAUCUCAUCUAUUCAACUUGCCUUGAUGGUGGGUGCCGAGGUGUUCGCCACGGUCGGAAACGACGAAAAGGUGAAAUACCUGAUGGAGACCUUCGGCUUGCCUCGCAAUCGCAUCUUCCAUUCCAGAGAUACCUCCUUUGUCGAGGACGUUAUGCGCGAGACCAAGGGCGAAGGUGUUGAUCUGGCUCUGAAUUCUUUGUCUGGAGAGCUUCUCCACGCAACCUGGAAGUGCAUUGCAAAGUUCGGAAAACUUGUGGAGAUCGGCAAGAGAGAUUUGCUUGGGGCCGCGAAGCUCGAUAUGACACCGUUCCUCGACAACAGGUCAUACUGUUGUGUAGAUCUGGAUCAGCUUCUUUUCAGUAAGCCCGCGAUGGUCAAAGGGUAAGUUUGAUUGAUAACCCCAGAACGCGCGACACAACAGCUGAACAUCAGGGCUUAGACUGCUCUACGAGGCCAUCGAGUAUUAUCAAGCAGGCCACAUCAAGCCGAUCCGACCAAUCACUGUCAUGCCGGCUACCAAGCUGCUUGAUGCGUUCCGAACGAUGCAGCAAGGCCAACACAUGGGUAAGAUCGUCAUUCGCAUGCGCCAAGGGGAGUCUGGAGAACUCGAUCUGGAUUCUGAGACCAGGAUUCAGAAGCGACAAAAGUCUGCCAAGUUCGACGGCGAGGGAUAUUACUUGCUCGUCGGAGGCCUUGGUGGGCUUGGUCGCAGCAUUUCCACUUGGAUGAUCCAGAACGGCGCCCGCCACUUCAUCUACCUCUCCCGCAGUGCGGCCAACUCUGAGCACGAAGAUUUCGUGCACGAAAUCGAGAGCAUGGGCUGCGACGCGAAGAUGGUGCCCGGAAGUGUCUCGAAUGCUGCUGACGUUUCGCGAGCGGUCGAACAAGCGAAUGGACGGCUCAAAGGUGUGCUUCAAUUGUCCAUGGUCUUGCGUGAUCAAGCCUUCCAAGAGAUGACCAUUGAUGAGUGGAACGCCGCAAGUGUUCCCAAAGUCGAGGGGACAUGGAACUUGCACCAAGCCACGCUUCAGGAGAAGUUGGAUUUCUUCUUACUCUUCAGUUCGCUCACUGGACAGAUUGGGACGCCGGGCCAAGCCAGUAAGUAUUCCGAAAUUUGUUCAGAGAUCCAAAGAGGUGCUAACUCCUCGUACAGACUACGCCAGUGGUAAUACGUUCCUGGACGCAUUUGCGCAGUAUCGUAGCUAUCUCGGCUUGCCGGCCUCCGUCAUAGAUAUUGGUGCUGUCCAAGAGAUUGGAUAUCUCGCUCGGAACGAGAAAAUCUCUCAAAGACUGGAGGCCACCGGGAUGCUUGGCAAUGUGUCUCGAACUGUGUUACUGAACUGCGUAGAUGCCGCGACGACCCACUUCUCCAAUGCUUCAAACGAGCCGACCAAUGGAGGUGCCACCUUUGCCUCCAGGAGAGGCUUCACUUUGGGACUUGAGUCUGAUAUUCCUUUGAACUCGCCAGAAAACCGCAUCAUCUGGAAGAAAGACAUGCGCAUGGCAAUCUACCACAACGAGACCGGUGAUGGUGGAGAUGGCUCUGGUUCCUCAAACGAUGCCCUCAAGGCUUGGCUGGCCCAUGCGCGUCACGACGUGGAUCUCUUGAAGUCUGCUGAGACGCCUGUCUUCCUCGCCACGGAGAUUGGGAAGAAGAUUUUCAGUCUGCUUUUGAGGCCUGACGAUGAGGUGGACAUCUCGGCUUCUCUAGUGAGCCUUGGGAUGGACAGUUUGGUGGCCCUAGAGAUGCGAAGCGUAAGUUCUUCUCGUCUCGCAUCAUUCCAGAACCGGACACUGACAGCCUCGCAGUGGUGGAAGCAGGUCUUCGCAUUCGAUGUCUCGGUCCUCGAGAUGAUGAAUCUCGGAGCGCUCGAUGCUCUCGGCAAGCAUGCCGCUGAGGUCUUGAUCAAGCAGGCGGAAGGCGAUGGCGAAGAGGAGCAGAACGGCAGCCGAUGA